AUGUACAAUCGUCAAAAUCUGGAGUUGAAGGCGCAUUCGUUACCGGGGCCUAGUACCGCUUACGGCUGUAACUGCGGUAAGGCAAGGAACAGUAGAUCUCAUCAUGGGCACACCACCAUCAGUAGCACGAUUCGCAAGGAGCUGGCUUCCUACGAAAAUCCUCAUCAACCGCCACCGCCACCGCCACCCGUAACGAUAAAACCGACCAAGAGAAACGCCAGUACGGAAAGUUUGGACCUGUUGAAUAACGAGUGCACCUGUGCGAUUUACAGCCCGAAUUCAGCCGAUGGAAACAAGUGCAAAAAGUGCCGCGCUGGACCUCGAGGUCAGCAACGUGCACAGAAGAAGUGUAAUUCUUCCAAGUAUAAGGACGCGUCAACUUCGCCUAAAUCCAACAGUCCGUUACGAACGCUGGAACCAAGAAGUCCCCGCAGCCCCAAAAGUCCGAAAAGCCCCACAGCGGAAGCUUCCACGGACACGAAAUUCGAUUUUCCCGGUUCGCCUAGAACAGAGAACCAUUACAAGCGCCUAUCUACGCUGAGUAUCAACAACAAUGGCAACAAAAAUAUGGCCACUAGUCCGAUGAAACAACCCCCUCCCAGAAGCCCUAAUAAAUUGACUCCGGUGAAAAGCGAUCGAGUCCUUGAGAAGUCCAACUCCCUUGGUGAUAGCAAGCCGCAGAAAAUGCUGCGAACUACUCGGAGCUUAUCGCCGCGGCCACCAAUCAAGCAUCAGCACUCGAUAAUGGUAUCGGAUGAGAAUGAUAUAAUUUCGGUAAAACUUUCACCGAACGAGGAGUUCGAUGAAAGCAGGGAAAAGUGCAAGGAGGAAAAUUGCGAAGAAGAUGUUCCGCUUCAGCAGAAGGCUUACAGCGAAACGACAUCUCCAAACUUGUCUGACUACGGUAGUUUAAAGUUGGAAGAUAGUAAUGUCAAAAACCCCAACAAUCGAAGCACCAGCUGCUUGAUAUAUGUGCCAUCAGACCCGUGGACUCGAAUGUCGUCAAGGAACUCACCAGUUCCUCCCAACAAGAAAGAACUUAAGGCAAAGAAACUGGAAAGCAAAUCGUUCAGCAAACCAAAUUUAGAAUAUUUGGAAGACACGGACCCAUGGGUAUGGCGUUCCAAUAUCACGUUGAACGAACGAAACAUAAAGAAAAAGGGUUCGCUACCGCACCAGACCAAAUCACUUAGUAGCGCUCUCAGCCGAGACGAAUUGGAUUCGCGGCAGUCACGCCUCUGCCAGCAACGAUCACUGACCAAAUUCGAUAAGACUUUGACCAUUCCGGGAAUAGAUUUGCAUUUUGACGCUCGAAAGAAAAUCACCCGCCCAAAACUACAACGCUCCAAGUCUCCAGCAUUCUACGAAGAGUUCUUCCAAGUCGAGAAAGAAAAACCUCUCAACAAGAACAAAUCGAUAUCCUCGUUGAAGAUUGAGAAGAAUGCCAGCAAUUGCAACAUCAACGGUGCCAAAUGUACUUGCUACGAGGCGAGCUCCCUCAGUCGGCAGCAUUUCAGCCAUAACUGUGACCACCAAUCCUCCGUAGUCCAUAAAUCCACCACUAGCAUUACCUCUCCCACCAGCAAAAAGCAACCGUCACCGAAGCUAAGCUUCCCUCAAUCUCCCAAGCCAAAGCAACCACCCCAACCGGAACUGGUGAAGGCCUCUCUAACCGUACUGAAUCCGAACCUACUGCAACCGCGACACAGUUUCUCCACCACUCCCUCCGCCAAGGACGACGAACUGCAGCUGAACAUCCGGCGGCUGAGCGAACAAAUGAUGAACAAGUACAGCUCCGGCUCGGGCUACUUUGCCCAGCAGACGGCGCCGCCCAGCUUCAUGACCGACACGAUUCAGCCGCUGGAGAAGAAGAAAGCCGGCGGCAGCGGAGGGUUGACCUCCAGUGGGCCCAAUGUCAGCAGCACCAUCAACGGAGUCGAAUCGAAGAAACGGGCCUCGUCGCACUCGAAGAUCAACGAUCCGAUACUGGAGACGCGCUGCUAAGAAGGUGGCGCCGGUCCUAAAUCAUUCGGUGGUAAGUGUUAGCUAGUCAAAAUUGUACAAAGAAAAGACGAUCUACUUACUUGUUAGGCAGCAAACAAAGUGAAGAGUUUUUGUUCCUUCUUCGAUAUCAUGAUUGUAUUGGGUGUUAGAAUAUUCAUCAUCAGCAGCACGCGUAAGGCUUAACGUAUAUAGGAAGGAACUCAAAUCUGAAAGGAAUCGUGUAGGGAUAAAAUGGCUUAUGGGGCUGUAGGACCAGAGGAAGUGAACGAUGGCCUCCUGAACUUCUGUAAUGCGGUGUGCUUAAGCAGUCCUUUAACUACGCGGAAGUGGUGCAUUAAGUAAAUGAAUACAUAUUGCCAAAAUCAUUUUGUAUAGUUCUUAGUGUUAGGUUCCAUUGAAAUGUAAAUGACGAAUAUGUAUCAAUAUACAGCACGAAACGAAUCAGAAAUGAAGGACUCAAUCAUGCUUCGGGAUUUAGCGUGAAACUAUUUGUUGACCAUUAUCAGAAAAUUUCAGCUAUCGGAGAAGGCGAAUUUGUUAAAUUUUCGAAUAGAUAUGUCUCUACCUUACUGACUGAAACUCACUACACCAAUGUAGGAUUGGGAGCAACAGGACUAUCUUGAUACUUAACGCCCAUACACUUCAUAUUGCUCAAAUGUUCGUUAAAAUACAGCUUCCAACUUUCAACAAUUCUACACCUGUUCCUCAAGCUACCCCGAACUUACUUCUUCCUUUCGCUUAUGCGGAAUUGGUUCUCUUACUAACUAAAGUACCCACAUAACAGCAUAUGAAGCAAACGUUCUCAGCCUUUUUAAUUUCUUAUGCCGUGAAAUCACCUAAUUAUAGUCACUUUUUCGAUUACUUAUUCCGUUCACACCAUGCAAAACAAAUGGAAUGAACGGAAUUAGGAAUCGAAAAAAGCAAUUGGAAUUAGGUACAGGAAAUAUGUUUGUUGGGCUUCUUACUUCCUUUGGAUACUGUAAAUAUUACGUAACUAACUGGAACUAUCUGUUCCCAGUUAUCUUGGCAAACUAUAGAGUAGAAACACUUGGCAUAAUACGGGACCUUACGAUGAAAGUGAUUCACUCCGCCAGGGUGUAAGGCCGUCAUUUUUAGGAAUCCAUCAUAUAAUGUGAACAUUUGUGCAUCCAAUAUGCCUUGUGAUUGUGGAUACACAAUAGAUGUUGGCUCCUGUCAGAUCCAUUCGGUGGGAUUAGGGUUGCCACAUAGGGGAUUUACUCCGCUAAAGAGCCACCAUUCCACUGUUCAAUGAGACUGCAUUACACUGACAAUCUAGUCGAGUCACUGAUGCAUGCUAGGAGAUGGAAGCUUGACAUGCAAGGGGAAUGACACUAAUCUUUAUUCACACCCCACAGAUAUAUUCUAUAUGGUGCUUCCCGUUAUAUCAAAUGAUAACAGCGUGUGCUAAUUAUUUCUCUCAAAUUACUCUGCACGUUUCAGUGAACCUUUUGUUCCUACGAUUUCGAAUUCAGCGAAUAACUGCAAGCACCAGUGCGGACGCUUUCUACUCAAUGUGACCAUAGUUUUACUCCGUAAAUGUGGCCACCUUGACUGCCCAUAAUCGCAUAGUUGACGUAAGCGCCACUGUAGUUUUCACCACACUUUUAAAGUUUUAACAAUGAUUAAUGAAAUAUUUAUGAUUUUUUUUCACGUUGAUAUCUAACCAGUGAUUAGAUCUUGUACUCUAUUGAAUAAAACUAGUCACAAUAAAGCAUAUUUGAUAGAUAUUAGCUCGUGAGUGCUGACAUUGUUAAUGGUGGUUACGUCAACUAUGCGAUUAUGGGCAGUUGAAGCUUCAACUAUAAUUUAAUAGAUUGGGUACCAGGAUGAAUUUGGAACGGUCGAACGUGUUUUGACACUCAACAGACCACUCCUAAGGAGCAUCUUUCGAUCGAGUAGUGCUUGUUGUUACUUCAUCAGAUCUAACGGUUCGUAGUAGUUAAUCGCAUUGACAGUAUCGGAAAGACAGUUCUGGUUUUAGUUGGAUCUUAGCCUAAACCAUACCAACCAUGUCUACGAUGUGGCUCUAAAACCUGAUCUGCGGCAGGGAGAAACAAUGCUUUUCGAUGCGCUGAUGAGGAAACAUCAGGCCAAACAUGUCUAAAGGUCCAAUCUGCAGAAGAGAGGCUCUCUUCGGUUUCUCUCUCUUUCGUUAAUAUCUCAGCUGUUUAUUGAUUGCCUCCUUGCAUUGAACGAUGGUCAAAACAAUUCUGGAGCUCGAUUUGAAAAGGUCGUAUGUGCUUUUGUCGAUUAAAAAUUCGAUCAGUUGGAUUCGCUUAUUAUAGCAAAAACCGUUGGAAUUGAAACAAGUUGAUACAUACAGCAGAAUCAUCACAAAACAGGCUUUCCGUUCCAUCAUGUAAAGUCUCCAAAAUAUCUUCCAUAUUGCUACAAUAACUAAAAUAAACUGAUCGAAUUUUAUAUCGACAAAUGUACAUACGACCUAUUCAAAUCGAGCUCCAGAAUUGUCUUUUGAUUGGUACAGCAAAAAUAGUUGAAAAGUGUACCAUUACAUUGCAAUAAUUGAAAGAGAAAGUAAACAAAGAGAGCCUCUCAAAUGCAGAUAGGACCUAUUGAAAUGUUUGGCCUGACAAACUCACGAGCAAGGGCGUAGCCAGAUUUUCGGUCAAAGGAGGCAAGCACCCUUAGCAAAUUUAUACCUACUAGGUAGAUCUUAUAACUAAACACAAAACUAUGAAAUUGAAUAUAUUAACAUUACAUUCUAAAAGCAUUAUUUACCCAUCAGCAAUCACGCUGUUGUAUGUUAUACAUACAAUAUGUUGAAAAAGCUCGCCUUUUCUACAUAAAUCAACGUGAUGCUGGUAGCGAUGGACGAAUUCUGAGAGAUUUAUGAUUUUACCAUUUUACUCUUGCAUUACUUCAUCUCCGGUUUUUUUUUAUUAUUAUCUAACAUUCGUAAAAAAAUAAUAGCUCUUUUGAGGAUUAACCCAGAAUUUGCAUAAUGAUUUCCUUCGACAUUUUUUCCAGUAGCACAUAAAGGGAAACCCGUUUGAAGAUUAUUUUGAAAAUGUCUACAUAAUGUCUUCCAUGACUGACUGUAGUUCAACCAUUUGUUUAUGCUUAUUAGCAAACUUGGUAUCAAGGUUGGGAUGUCCUGGAUGUCUAUUCCUCUGAAAAUACACCUUCAGUUCUAUUGUUCCAAAUACAUCCUUGUCGGAAUCUACCUGAGGAUUGUUUUAUGUUCUCAUAUAUUGCAUAUACUCAUCUCAGAGCAUAAUCAUAUAGAACUGUCAAUUUACGUAUUCCCGGGAGGAUCCUUGGAAGAAUUUUUGAAGGUAUUCUCGUAAGAGGCCUGAAAGUAUCACUAGAGGAAAACCUCGAGAUACCCUGUAAGAAUUUCUGGAGGGAAUGCCUGGUGAAAAUUUUGAUGAAUUUCUUGCAGGUAUUUCCAAAAAGCUCUCGAAUAAUGGAAUUUUUGAAAAAAUACUGGAAAUUAUUCAAAAAAAAUAUCUGGAGGAAUUUAAGAAGGAAUGCCUAGAGGGAUUCCUGGUGCAUUUCCCAGAGAAAUUCCGGGAGGAAUCCCUGAUAGAAUUCCGAAUGAGUCAUCCCUGGACGAAUUCCUGAAGAAAUGUUUGAAAGCACUUUUAGCAUGUAAGUACUUAUAUGUUAAACCCUAGUAGGAUGUUGGGGUCAAUAUUAUCCAGACAGUGAGGGUUAAAGCAAGUCUCACUGACUUCUGGGCAACCAAAACCUGGGCUUCCGUGCCUUUUUUGUAACAUGCGUGUUGCUUGGAAGAAUUCCUGGAGGACUUAUUAUCUCGCUUAUUGUGAGAAUACUUGAUGGAAUCCCUGAGUUAACUGCUGGAGGAUUCCUGAAGAAUCUCUGGAUAAUUUCCAGGUUCCUGUAUGCAUCCUUUUAAAUUUAUCUGCCAAUACAAUUCGCUGGAGGAAUUCCUCUAGAAAUUCUUGAAGUACCGUAAAAUGGGGUGUUAAGGGACGGAAAAAAAUUUCGUCCCCAUUAAUUCAUGGGGUCUACUUAUUAAAACUUUCAGGAAAAGUAGUGCGAUCUUUGUCUUGCUGCCUGCUACGCAUAUAGAUUACAAAAUUUGACGAUUUUUUGAAGAAAUUGAAGAUAAAAUAUGAAAAUGGGGUGUUAAGGAACUUAAUGUCAUGAAUGUAAAAGUUCUUAUAUUUCAAAGAAAGAUAAAAAUUGAUUAAUUGUAAACAGUGACUGUAAUAUUUCUUGAACAUCGCCGAAAAAGAUUAUCAUAGUACUGAAGGUGCGAGGACAGUUUCAUUGUCAUCUACCUUUGUAUAUGAGUUUUUUUUUGUAAAGCAUCGAUACCUGGAAAAAUAUCGUCAAUUGUACAUGAGUGGCUAAAAUUUUUAACCAACACAUUAUUCACAGUCACUUUUUAGAGCACCCAAAUUGAACAGUUCAGACUGACCAACAGGUUGUAAAGUAAGGAUGUGUAUUUACAGUUUUUUGUUCACUUAAAAACUCAUUUAUAUUUAAAUGUUUUGAAACAAGCAUGCAUGUCAUCUAAUGACCUAGGGUGUAAACUGUAUAUUCAAUGCUGAUAUUUCUACUCUGAAGCAUCGCUGAUAGGUCGUAUUCUGAGAUAUUUUGGCAGCCAUGAGUCUUCUUCAUAAAUACUUGCUAUUGCAAGAGUUAGUCACAGUCUGGAACAAGUGAGCAUAUUCAACAUUAAAAAAAAGCUGUCACGUUUUAGCGCCAAUCAUUGAUAUCAUUUAAAUAAGAAAACAGAUGGAAAAUCUAUUUUUGAAGAAUACGCUUUCGUUGAAACUUAACAAAACACCCAAAGAACACAAACUUCUAUAAAGAGGGGACUACUGCGGCAUUGAGAAUAAACAUUUUACUAAUUUUCUAAUUAUAUGUAUCAAUCUAACACUUGUUUCUAAAGAUCAAUAUUGUAUUAGUUGAAUUUAUCACCCUAGCAACUGUCGGGAUGCUUAUGACCCAAAAUGAAAUCCGUAAUACGCCAUUCAGAAUGGUUACUGUUCUACAAUGAAUCAAUCGCCUCAAAACUUCAUGAUACAAAUAAAAAAAGUUAUAGAGAAAUUUCAUCCCCUAACACCCCAUCAGUUUAUGAAACUAGCCUUUUUUCACAAAAAUUGUUGGUGUUCGAAAACCACCUUAGUAACAUCAAAUAUUUUACCCUAGUUUCGUUUGAAAUGAGUUGUAGAACACUUUACGAUUACUCACAUAUUUUCCUAAUAAUAUUUCUGAUCUUACAUAUGAAUGUUUCAAUGGUAGCGAAAUUCAGGAAAAGCAAUGCCGUUUUAUUUUUGAUGUCUAGUGUCUAGUUAAAAACGUAUUUUCAUGAGUGAUAAUCCUUAUAGUAUGCCUUUAUUUCCAACACACAUUUGAAGCAAAUUUGGAAUUAGUAAAUCAAUUUUUAUACGGCUUGGCGAUUUUUCAAAGUAGUAUGUAAAGAUGAAUCCCUUAACACCCCAUGAGUUCUUAACACCCCAUUUUACGGUAUUUAAUAAAAAUCUUCAGGUAAUCCUGGAGAAAUUCUUGGGUACAUCCCUGAUAAAGAUGAUUGAAGGAUUUCAGAAGGAACUACUGAAUGAUUUUUUGUUGAGAAUCUGCGAGGAAUUUCUGAAGAAAUCAAUUGAGGAAUCUCUGAAGUCAAGGAUCGAUAUAUUCGCCUCACUCCAUUCAUAUUCACUCCUCUUUCCUGAAGCGAAUCAAGAAAGAUGCAACAGACGGAUAGUCGUGAUCAAACACGCAACCCCAUGACCAGAGGGAAGUGAUGCGCAAGCUGCUUGACAUGAAUAUUCGUUGCCAUUCGUCGCAGUUUAGAUCGCAAGCGAAUGAAUGAAUGGCGAAUGGUGAAGAAUGCUGGUGAGCGAUCGAAGCGGCUAUUUUCAUAACUUGAACAGAAUUUCUGCAUGUAAUGGAUACAUUUUUAGUGUAUUAUUGGUGAAAUGCUAGAAAAUAAUUCGAAAAAAUCGUAUGCACAAUAUCAAUCGUAUCACUCACGAACCGCAUCACCGCUCGAUCGCUUGCGAUGCGGAUGUGGACAAAUGAGUAAUUUCCCACCGUUCGCCGGGGUUUGCUGUCAUCACUGACAAGAAAACACACACUAAAGCGACAACCCUUCGCUACUGACUGUCUUUGAAUGUGGAAGAAGAUGAAAAGUUGACAUCAGGAACCCUGCCUCCUGAAGCAAUCGUUGGACGAAUUCCGUGAAGCAAUCCCAGCAAGAAUUCCUGGUUAAACCUCUGAAGAAAUUCCUACAGGAAUGCCUGGAGGAAAUUAUUAAAAAAAAAUGCUCCAAGGAAUGCCUGGAGGAAAGUAUGCAGAAUUUCUGGAGGAAUUCUCGGAAGCAAUCCCCGAAGAAAUCCCUGGAUAAAUUUCUGGAAGUAUACUUGGAGGAACUCCUGGAUGAAUUCUGGGAGGAAUCCCUAGGGAAAUUUCUGAAGAAAACUUUUGAGUAAUUCCUAGAGCAGAUCCUAGAUAAAUUUUUGAAUGAAUUCCUGAAGUAAUUCCUGGCAAAAUCUCUAAGAAAAUCAUGGAGGAAUGCCUAGAUAUUUCCUGGUUGAAUUAUUGGAGCAAUUCCAAGAACGAUUCCCGAUGGAAUCCCUGGAGGAAUUGCUGGUGAAAUCUCCAGUGGAAUUCUGGGAGGAAUCCCUGGAGAAAAUUCUGAAAAAAAUCACUUAAUUAAUACCAGGUGGAUUUCCUGGAAGAAUCCUUGGAGGAAUUCCUGGAGGAUUGCUUCUAGUGCAAUCCCUUGAGAAAUUCGUGGAGCAAUUCCUGGAGGAAUUCCUGAUGUAAUUCUUGGAGGAAUUUCUGGAGAAAUCUGGGAGGAAUCCCUGGAGAAAAUUCUGAAAAAAAAAAAUCCCUUGAUAAAUAUCAGGAGGAUUUCCUGGAAGAAUCCUUUGAGGAGUUCCUGGAAGAAUCCAGUAAGGAUUUCCUGGAGGAAUCCCUGAGGAAAGCCCUGAGGAAAUCCCUGGAGAAAUUCUUGGACGAAUUUUUGAAGCAGUUCCUGAAGGAAUUUCUGAAGAAAUCUCUGGAGGAAUCUUUGAAAUAUUCCUGAAGGCAUUCCUGAAGAAAUUCCUGAAAGAAUUUUUGAAUGAAUCCCUAGAGGAUUUCUAGGAGUAAUUCGCAGAGGAAUUGUUGAUAUAACUUCGGAAGGAUGUCCUGUAUCAAUUCUUGGAGGAAUUCCUAAAAAAAUCCUAGGGUUAUUUCUGGAGGAAUUCCUGGAGGAGUUCUUGAAAGUCCAGUAGGUAUUCCUGUAGAAAUUGUUGGAGGAAUCCCUGCAGGAAUUUCUGGAGGAAUCUUUAGAGGAAUUUUGGGAGAAAUCACUGAAGAAAUUUUUGAAAAAAUCUCAAAAGAAAUUCUUGGAAGAAUUGCUGUAGAAAUCCUCGAAAUAAUUCCUGGAGGAAUCCUUGGAGAAAUCCCUGAAGCAGUUUAUAGAGGUAUUCUUAGGGGAAUUUUCGGAGGAAUGCUUGCAGCUAUUCCUGGUGGAAAAUCUGGAAGGACACCUGGAGGGAUCCCUGAAAAAAUCCCGAAAAUCCUGGACGAAUUUCUUGAGGAAUCCCUGACGGGUUUUCUGGAGAAAUUCCUAGAUUCCUGGAAGUCCUGUCCAGUUUGUCGCAGAACUUUGGCUUUGUUCGAGAGGAAGUUCCGAAUCUCGAUACUACCCUUAGAUUGAACGAGUUUAACGAUUUUUUUAGUGCACCACCUGGAUCGCCUCUUCGACAGCUCUGAAACUAUCCAGGUAGUCGUCUACAUAUUGAGGUCCCUAAUAGUGGUGGCUGCACUCGGGUAGUGGGACUCGUAUUGCUCGGCAUUCGCGUUCUUAACAAACUGAGCCAAUGAUGGUGAGCAAGUGGAACCGAACAUCGUGACCUCAACUGCGUAGAAUUGUACAGGAUCUUCGGGAUUGUGGCGGAAUAAAAACAUCUGGACGUUCCUAUUUUGCAUAGGCCAAAUCCCAAGAUGGACUCCGGCCGGUCGUACCUCGGUCCUGGAGUUCGUCGGAUUUUAUCGUGUAGUAUACUCGCACGACAGUUGGACAACUGCUUAUAAAUAGCGACCAAUCGGUCGGAUUCUCACUAAAUGGCGGAAGAUCUUUCCCGAUCACGUGUUUCGCUGUUAUCUGUUGAGAACUGAGAACCCCCGGGGUCUCGUUCUGCAUUACAUGGAUUUCUACUAAGCAUAUCUCUGGAUGAAUUAGCGUCGGUUCCCUGUUCGAAUCAUUCGAUCGAUGAACGGACUCCAGAAAUUAAGCAGGGUGUGACCUCGACAAGCUAAGUGGUUCCGGUUGAAGAUUCAUUUUGAAGUGAUACUGCUUUUGGGUACUCCAAGAUGGCCCUUGAUGAUGAAAUAGACGAGAAGCGUCUUCUGGGGGUGUUCAGGAAUAUUCCAUCGCGGGAAGCGUCCUAAAGGGCCUCGAAGAAGAUACAUAUUUCUGGGAAGGUUCUCGAAUGGUAGACGAACGAGCUUCCCGGAAACAGGGGACAUGACUCGUUAGCGAAAGAUUCGAUUUAGGAGUUCCGACCAAUCCAGAAUGAGGGACGAAACGAUGGUGACCGACUCGCAGGUUGAGCUUAUAGCUUCAGUGUGGGUAGCCUCAAGACGCUUGUGCUGCCGAUUGGUCCUUCGAUGGUAAGUGACAGAACUUCCAUAGGUGCCGGAGGAAACUGGUUCCUUCGAAUAGCGCUUGGAUCACCAAAAGUGUUCCCGCCAGUCAUCCCGUGUGAUGAGUUUGUCGCCAACCACUGCGAGACUUGCUCCGGUAGCGUCUUUAACUGAUACCCUCGAAUUCAUCAUUGCACCUCUCAGGCGUCUUAAGAUAUCGUAGGGGAGGCUUGUCUCGUCUUUUUUCCCUUCUACACCAUGGAGGAAAAAUCUGCUCGAGAGACACCCGAACAGGAAUGUCCAGGUUGUGUGGGGUUAAAGGUCGUCUUCUACAAAAAAGUAAAAGUCAGGACUACUCUCUCCUAGACCCACUAAACAUAUUUCCAUGGUCGCCAUACCCUACGUCUCUCCGGAACCACUACGAAGGCAGAAGAGGAACUGGAUAAUAAAGGAAAACGGCAUAAGUCACCUAUACAGAUCCUGAAGUCACUUUAUCCGCGACAGCAUUCAAUUCACUGGAGGAAGUUCUCCUUUUCAUGUAGCUCGAUAGCAUCAAUCGGUGCGUAACUUUAGGUUAUCGUGAGGUUACAAACCCGUGUUCUGAAUAUGGUAGUAACCCCAGCAACUCCCACUUGAUAAGAGUUGCCGGUGAAUAGGAAACCAACACCUACCGCGGUGUCCGGGACAAAAAACAUUAUCGACAAAAAAUUGGUAUCGCUAAGUCACCCUUAAAAUGAAAGCUAAAGGUCUUUCUUUUUUUUUUUGAUGCUAAGAGGGAAAUGUUCUAUCCGGGGGUCUUGAACAAUUUUUUAUUUUUUUUUUGUGAUUUCUAGAACAAAUUUCCGAGAACUACCCAUUUUUUGGGCGCUGUUCACCCAAAAUUUAUAUGGAAAAACAACCCCCGAUAGAACAUUUCGCUCUUAGCACAAAAUGAAAAAGGAGACCUUUCCUUAGCUUCCAUUAGCUGGGUGACUUAGCGAUACUGAUGUUUUUUUUCGAAUAUGUAGUAUUCUUCUACCAUAGACACCGUCCUCAGUGUCGGGGAGCGUUGUCGCCUCGAAUGCCGGUCUAUAACCCUCGCGCAGUAGUGUCAUCGACAUGUCAGCAUGUUUUUUUCACAAGAAUCACUCAGUACACGACGCGACCGCUCCCGGGAUAGCAAUGCCUGUCCCGACGGUAGCUUAUGUUUUUUUUUUUCAAGUUAGGCCAACGAACUGCAGUUAGUCCCUGGAUUUCGAGCUUUAUACGCCGCGCCUCGCUGGUGAGUUGCGCCAGUUUGCUUACUGAGCUAACGUUGAAAUAUUCUAUGUUACAAUUCUUGUCCGUUGUUGUUUCGUGCUAAAAGUCGAUGCCAUUAAAUUAGUUCUAUGUAUAUUUUUCUCUGCUGGUUUGUUGAUAUCACUAGUUUACAGCAUUUUUGAACUCGGUAAGCUGAUGAUCGUUUUUGGUGUAGAAUCAUGCCCUGAGUUCGAAAACGCGAAGGAAAAAAAUUACAGUAGAGCGGAUUUUUUUUCGACUUUCCAUACAAGGUUGAUGAUUUGAAAUCGAUUUUUGUUCCAUUUUUAAGCAAAGUCGCUUACUUCACACAUCUCAUUCUCCGUAAUCAAUGCUCCGAUUAAGCUGAAUUUUUCACUGUAACUCGCCUACAUAUGAUAUGUCAAAUAAACGUUAUUGUUAUUGUUAUUGUUUAUUUUAACUUGAAAUUUAGAAAGAGGGAAAAACCCCUUUGAGUGAUUUCGACAUUUCAAAAACGAAAUCUUUCUCAAAGAGGCACAAAACCUCUUUUUCUUUUCAAAUAACAUUACAAAAAUAACUUUAAACUAAAGGCUCACACGGCAAUGAACCAUAACGGAGCCGCUAUCUUGAAAGAGGACAGCAUGCCAAAUCGUAAAACGAGUCUCCGGAAAUCCAGAAAUCCUAAUGGGGGAGGGGGAGGGGUCAGGGGGUCAUCAGAAACGCAUCUUCAAGGCUGAAAAUAAAGAAUACCAAAAAAGGGGAACAGUAUCAAACAAAAUAGGCAAUCUCAUUUAGAAAUUUGAACAAAAGUUUCAAUAUAUGUUCAUUUUUUAAGCCCAAAACAUCCCGUAUAGAUACAGGAAUUGAAAAACCUGCUGCAAUUAGGCUAUCAAAUAAUAUCUUCCUCGGUGCAAUAAACCGAGAACAAUUAAUUAUAAUGUGAUCAAUGUCUUCAUACGAUAAGCCACAUUCGCAUAAGUUUGAAUCUACAAUGUUGAUACGAUACAAAGUCAAAUAAACGUUGAGAAUGUUUUUUUUAAAUUGUUUUUUUCUCAUUGAAAAAAAUACAUUUCUUCAUAUAUUUUUGGAAAAUUUGCUAAAGUUUAAGGAGAUCGUCUCCAAUACUCGCCAAUAUUUUGAAUUUCAUCAAUCCGACGCAAAACCUGCAUUCAGAUGAUCGAAUGGUAUUAUAUUCAGCUUUCAAUUCAUGCAAACAGAUUUAAAAUUGGUUGAACAAAACGCAAGAUAUUUGAUUUUUAUUAAAUUCCAUAUUUUAAAAAGUUGUAAAACUCGAUAUUGAGCUAAAACUCAAAAACUGUUCUACUUUAAAUUUUUUGAAGCACGGUUCCGAAAUCAGCGCUAAAUUAUGCUUCAAAAACUUUGGUCGUUAAUAGAAGUUCACGACUUUCGUGUUAUUUUGUAAACUAGUGUAUUCGGGGACAGUAGGUUGUUGACCUAACGUCUCCUAACCACUGUAAUGGGCUUGCCAUUUUAGGUAUAGCUUCUAUUGGAUGGUGCUUUCAUAUUCAGCCGCUGGAUGCCUGUUUAGACGCUGUUUGAGCCGCAUCUCCGUGGUGAACAGACGCUCGGGACGCUCCUCAACCUAGCUGAAGUCAUUGUUAUAGUUGACCAUACUCAAUAUAAUGACCAAACCCACUGAACAGUUGAUUCUCAACUACAUUGAGAACUCGCUAAGUGGGUUUAGUCAUUAUAUUCAGUAUGAUUAGCCUUAAUAGUCAGAAGGACAACCGUAUCUGAAUGUCAGCGUAAAGAAAAUGGGCUACUGAACAGUGAGCAUUUGAUUUAUAAUCACCAAUACGCCACACCUGACUAAGUUCGUAAAAUGAGCUCAAUUGACAAAUCCCCGAAUGAAGCCAGUCCCGAUUUCGCCCUACCUGAAGACUAAAACUAAAGAGGAGGCCAAUUUUACUUCGUAAACUUAUCAUGGGAAUUACUGUUACUGAAAAGAACAUCUCAAAUACUCUGUCUAAACCUCUGUAAUUUUGAAAUCCAUAAUCACAAACUCAUCCAUACACACUCGAACAAAACACAACUGCCAAAUUAUUGCAAAAGAAGCAAGAAAGACACCCGGAUACUUGUUUUAACCCAGUUCUAAAUGUGCAUAACCAGAAAGUACGCCUACGUUCCAAUGUACAUACAACCAAUCAAUACUUUCUAAACUUCUUCUAACUAAGGCUAGGAAUAAUCUGAACAAGGUGAUGUGGGUGAACAAGAUCAUUAGCCGAAUUGGGAUGUCGUUCAAAAAAAAAAAUGGUAUAGAGAGACCAAACCGAGGAAUAAUACUCCAGAAAUAAACCCGCUGCAUCAGUGGGCCACGUUGGUAUCGCAUUGUAUGUUCGUUGAGUUCUCGAAUAGUUUUAGAUGAAGGAGAAACGUGAAAGCUGAAUCAAUGCGAAUAGUUCCGGAGGGUUAUUGAAUUGAAUGUUAAGCAGGAAACACGCUUGUGCCACGUCUAAGUAGAACGAGUGCAAAUGUAUAGGUACACUUGAUUGACUCGAUCCUUAAAUUAUGAUUACAAUGCAUUCAAAUUCGAGUAAGUUCUAAAUUAAGAACAGUUAGGUUUAAGCUUACAGUUAAAAUUAGUUAAACAAAAUAUUCACACAUCGGUUUUAAUCGAACUGAAAACAUGAUCAUAAGGCAAGAUGAUAUCAUACAAUCUGGCAAGUUUAUUGUAACGUUCUAUACUGUAUAAGGGACAGAAAGAAUUGAGUUGGUGGAAUUUUAAACACAUAUUCAAUCAAACGCGCAGUUAGAGAAAAUAAAGUUAUUAAAAGUCGUUCGGUGAUAUCCAAUUUUUCAAACUGGGGGAUGGUAAACUAACGUGAAUUGAAUUAUACACAAAACAGUUAGAGAUUCGCAAAAAAAACGCAGACGGACAUUAUUCUACUUGCAACAACCAAGAACACAUCCACACACCACACACAUACAGUCGCUUUGCGAAGGGACGAUGUGAAAUAAAUCUUUUUUCUUAUACAAAUAUACAAUAAAAAGGAGAAUAA